UCAGCGCAGUCAGUCAUGCAUUUGAAACUGAGAUUGCUGGAGCUCAUCGUAGGCUUACUUCUAGUUCAGGUAAAGUCGCGUCCGCAAGCUAAUCCCUGCCAGAAUUUCUAUAAGGUGGCCUGCGGCAAUUGGUCCUCCAGCCAUGAAACCGAUUCGUACCAGAGUUUUAUGGACCAACUGGACUACAAUUACCAGGAGAAGUUGGCGGACUUGCUGGAUAAUGAGAGAGAGGACGACGAGCCACACUUUGUGCAGCAGCUCAGGGCUUUUUACACCGCCUGCCGAAAACCCUUGAGCCAGGAUCAGGUCCUGCGGAUCCUGGAGCAUCUGAUCGCAAUGGACAAUAUUCAAACUGAACAGCUGACAGUGGGCUUGACUGCCGCCUUCCGUCUCAAGGUCCUCCCAGAUAUAAAUGACUCCAAUACGUAUGACAUUUGGAAGCAGUUGCUGUCCAACAGGGAGCAUUGGGAUACACAUACGACGAACAGGGAACCCUUAACCCGCGAAAUAUUCGACAAGCUAUGGGCCAACAUGCCAAAAGUACCCUUUCUGUUCAAGGAGUACUAUUGGCACGAAAUGAGCAAGCUGGAAGACAAAAUAAUGAGCUAUGGGAUCAAGGACGAUGCCUCUGCUCGCGGUGAUCUGGUUACGGGGAUACCAUCCUUUUGGAUGAUGCCGUGGCCAAAUGGGAAUAUUACCUACGAAAAUCUCUUCGAGAUAGCCCAUUUGCUGGACUUAAAAACCGAUGAGUUCAUUGUCGUAUAUAUCUAUAUGAGACUGAAGCUAGUUCCGGAAGGACUCUCGAAGGAAUCCUGGCAUAUAGAUCGCGACCAGUGUGCCGAGCAGUCUAGGCAGAUCCUCAGUCAUCCCGCUGUAUGGUUGGUAGAGAAGAAUCAUCCCAGGCUCAAGGAGGAGCCAGUGCUGCAGGACAUUUUCGAGGAGCUGAAGCACCGCUUUGGCCAGAAGCUCCUGGCGAACAGGAAUAACUUUACUCGCAGCACACAGCACUUCCUUUUGGGCAAAUUGAAAAGGAUGCGGCUGCGGUUGAGCAUCCUGCCCAGAAACUGUUCGGCCCAAUCCAUGGUGCGACGCAUCGAAAGGCACUACAGGGAUGUUCAUAUGAAUGCCAGCGAUUAUUUUGGAAAUCUGAAUAUCGGCCUCAAUCACUCCAGAUCCCAGAGGGAUUACCCCGAACUAUGGGCCAUAGUCUUCGGCCACGAGUGGAUUCCAAGCCGAACCUCCAAGAGCGCUUUGUACCGCACCCAAGUGCAUGGGUAUGGCACCUUCGCCUCUGCGUUCUACAUAGUCAAACAGAAUAUGCUGAUUGUGCCACUGUCGCUCCUGGAACCGCCGUUCUACACACAUGGCCAGCCGGCGAUACUAACCUACAGUUCAUUGGGCUUCAUCCUGGGCCACGAGCUCUCCCACGGCUUUGAUUCCGAGGGCAUGACCUUCUCCUCCAACGGAGUGGAUAAUAGCGCCGUAGACACGGAGCUUGAAUGGAAUCCGAGGUUCCAGCAGAAGCUUGACUGUCUGGACAGGAGAUUCAGUAACAGGCGGUAUGAAAAGUUCGCGGACGCCAGUGGCUUGGAACUGGCCUAUUCCGCCUACUUUGACACCGCACAAACGGAUCACAAGCGGAAACGCAGUGCCGAGGAGUUGGUGGCCCAGAAGCAGCAGUUCUUUCUCAACUUUGCCCAGUUCUUCUGCUCCAAUAAGGAGCUCGAUAAGGAGGCGCCUGAUCAUGGCAGCGAUAGGAAGAGGGUCAACGAUGCAGUUGCCCACUUCGAGCCGUUUCGGGAGGCCUUCUCCUGUGGCCCCUCGCCCAGGCGAAGGCAGUGUCGAUUGUAUUAGCAGAUGCUUGGAUCAACGAACUUAUAUAACGAGUGAUGAAUAAAUUACAACUAAUUUCACUGA